AGUGUCUCUUUGGGCAUCUACGCAGACGCCUGUGCGCAUACGACUAUUGCCGUGUCAUAUAGAGGAUAGUGUAACGAGUUUGUGUUACCAGUGAUCCCUUGCCCAGACGACAGCAUGCGACUUGUGCCAGCGUUCAUUCUCGUCGCUGUAGUGACAAUAGCGGCUACUCAAGAUGCGACAACAGACGUUAAUGACUUAUUAAAUAGUAUAGAUGCGAAGCCUUCAGUACGGCUAGAUCCAUAUAUAAGAAAGGCGCUCCUAAAAGCAUUGAGUGAACUAGAAGAGAGCGAAGAAGAUACACCCACGACCGAAUAUAAGAGCGACGUAACAUCUACAAAUGAUUCGGAGAUAUUGAAGACUGGUGAUGAUGUCACAGAGUCCUUGCAACAAGAAACGUCAAAAGAAGGAAUUCAAAUUCAUUCUUUCCUAGUAAACGGACAAAAGGCGUUCUCUAAUUCCAAUAGCAACAAUACUACACCCACACUUAUUAAUAACGAGAAAAUUUCAAUACUUAGUACUACUGUUGGCAAUGUACAAAAUCCUGUAAGAAAGACUCUAGCAACACAGUCACCUUUUACUGAAAUCUUCCAAACGAGAGAGUCGGGUGUAAAUGUCCAACAAGUGAGAAGCAUACUGUCCACGUCCAAAAACGAUAACAUAAUCUCAACUACGAGCACCCGACCUCGGACAACUAUAAGUACAACAACUACUACGACUACGACAACGACAACUACCCCCAAACCAACGCAUAAUGAUGAUGGAGAAAACAUUGAAGAAGUUGAGAAAGGUGGCGUUCAAGUAUUCCAAGCUCCAUUAGUAGCAGCGUUCACCGUCCAUCAGGAUGCUCAAGGGCUACCUAAAAAAGUCAUACCACUUUUCCAACAAUCUAAUGUGGUACAACCAUUGAAGGAAACAGUUCCAAGUGUUCCAAACCGACUGAUCCCGCCAAUUACCGUAUCACCGAGUGUACCUUUUCAAACUGCCACCACUAAAUUUCCUCAAUCAACUCAACCAGACUUCAUCAGUCAGCAAUUGCUUUUGCAAAGACAGCUGGAAGAGAAACAAAGAAUUCUAGAAGAGCAACUCCGCCAGUUACAGCUUCAACAAAGACAACAGGAAGAGCUGUUAAGGAAACAACAAUUUUUAUUUCAACAGAAAGAAGCACAGCGUCAACAAUUUUUUCUCGAACAGCAGCAACAACAGCAGCAACAGACACUUCAGCAGCAACAGCAACUUCAGCAGCAACAACAGCGUCAUCAACAACAGCAACAACAACAGCAACUUCAGCAGCAACAACAGCAUCAUCAACAACAACAACCACAGAGACUUCUGGCUUCACCAACUAUAAAUAACUUUCAAGUCCAAGGAUUGCCAAAACAUGUUCAACAAAAUCAAUUUUUAAACCAAAAUCUUGGCGGCCGACCAUUGCAAAGUGCUCAGGUUUCCAUCCAACCGAGCGUUCCUCUAGAUACUGGAAGUCCUCUAACUAUUCAGCAACAACUUCCUAAUCGUGAAGCUGUUGAUUUCCUUCUUCAUCUACGCAAUCAGCAACAAAAUCAAUUUCCCCUGCAGGAGAAUCACCUCCCGCAGGGUAUAGGCAAUUUCUUGGCUCCAAAUCCUAAUCAACACUUCAACCAACUGCCUCACUUCAAUCAGAUCAGACCUGAUGAACAAUUUAGGCAGAAACAUGGCAACCGUGUGUUUAGGCAAGAAAGUAACGUCGGAAAUUUUGGAUUGAAUAACAACUUGAACUAUAAUAGAUUCAAUACUUUCAAUCCAAUUUACACUAAUCGCUUUUUUCCGGCCGGCAGCAGGCCGAACCAGUUCAAUCCUGACUCAGAAUUGAAACAACUUUUGGCGCAAACCGGGUUGAACGGAAGGAGCCACGAAGACCUGAACAUAGUAUCCAAAGUGUUGUCCUUAAACCAUGGAUUGCCUUUGAACAACAAUAUUUCGAAUAGGCUACCUUUCGACAGCCGGAGACACACGAGACCCAAUUUAUAGGAAAACAAUAAUUGCACAAGGCACAAAACAAUGUUUGUUUGUGGGAUGAAUUAUUUAGUCAAUGAGUGUCUAUAUUAUGUUGCAAACAUGUAGUUUUCAUCAAUGAGCUUUGUCCAUGGAUUCAUUUUCUGCAGGUCACAACCAAAGACAUAACAUUACCAUUCGUCACUGCCUACACUAUUAAUCUAUUGUUUCAGCAAUUCAAGCAUAUUUACAAUUUGAACAAAGUCGUCAGUUCGUAGUUAAAGGUGAUUAUUUAUUUUAAAAAGUAGGAAUUAUCAACUGCCAUAAGUAGUAAAUUAUAGAUAUAUAUAAGGACUUAUUUACAUAAGUUUAGUAUUAAAGUUUGUUUAACAUUAAAUUAAACUGUUAUUUUUAUUCAACUGUUUACCUAUUUACUCUUGUUAAUCAAAAACAAAUUUAUUAUUGAUAUUACAAGGAAUUUGUCGAACUUGCGUGUAUACAAUUUCUUUUCUCUCAAGAGAUUUUCUUCGUAAAAUAUCGCACAUCAACUUCAACAAUAACUAUCCAAAAUUACUUAAGUAAAAAGUGACGG